AGCAUUUUAAGAAGGAGCUUGAUGACUUCUAGUGCACUGUAUAUAUGGAUGAUUAUAAAUGAGAUAAAACAAGGCGUGGACAACAUAAUCAAAAAAUUAAUACAACCCGCCUUUCUGUAAGGCUCUCAGCAACCUCAAAACAUCUCUUCCUCUCUGACACAAACACAGAGAGAGAAAAAGUUAUCGUGUUCAAGGAAUCAAGCUCAUUAAUACUGUAUACUUAAUCUAACAGAUUGAAAAACUGAAAUUAAUUGAGCUCUAAUAUCUGCUGUAUGACUAAGAAGACAUCACCAUGAGUAAAUCAAGAGACAGCAGCUCCACAUUCUUCCUGGAGACAGAUGACCAGACACAGGAGCAAAGGGAAAAGGCCAAACAGAUGAAGAAAGGUGUCUUAAAGGACAAGAGGCCCAUGGAUUCUAAUUACCUGGAUGAGACAGAUGACCCUGCACACAAAAUUAAAUUUAACCUGCACUUUGACAGGGGAAUCAGAAAAGUGAAAGAGGAACCAUCUCAGCAGGACAGUGAGAGGUUUACCCUCAAGAGGCUGUUUGAUGCCGUGUCCAGUGGCGAUGUGUCUAAACUGCAGGGUUUACAUCAGUACCUGCACAAAAACAUGAAACGGCUCACUGACUCUCAGUAUAAGUCCAAUGGAAAGACUGCCCUGCUGAAAGCACUUUUAAAUUUGAGGGAAGGCGAGAAUGACACUAUUGAACAUCUGCUGGAAAUUGCAGAGAAACUUGGAGAUUUAAAACAUUUUGUCAAUGCUGCUUACACAGACAGUUUCUACAAAGGUCAGACAGCACUCCAUGUUGCAAUUGAACGGAGGAGUGCAAAAUUUGUACAGAUGCUGGUUAAGAAAGGGGCUGAUGUCCAUGUUAAAGCCUGUGGGAAAUUCUUUCAGCCCAAUCAAGAGACAUGUUUCUAUUUUGGUGAGCUGCCCUUGUCGCUGGCUGCUUGCACUAAUCAGCCAGACAUUGUGGACUUCCUUAUGAACAACCCUUACCAGACGGUGGAUGUCAGGGAGAGGGACUCUCAUGGAAACACAGUGCUUCAUGCAUUAGUAUCCAUAGCUGAUAACAGUCCUGAAAACACAGAGUUUGUCAUCUCCAUGUAUGACCACAUCUUAUUCAAAACUGACCAACUUCACCCCAAGAUCAAGCUGGAGGAAAUUGAAAAUAAUGAAGGACUCAACCCACUCACACUUGCUGCCAAAACAGGAAAACUGGGGCUGUUAAAGCACAUCGUGCAGCGGGAGUUUAAGGGGCGGCGACAUCUGUCACGGAAGAUCACGGAGUGGGCCUACGGUCCAGUGUGCUCGUCUCUGUAUGACCUCACCUCUCUCGACACCUACGACAACAACUCCGCGCUGGAGAUAAUCGUUUAUGGCAGUGAGAUUCCUAAUCGCCUCGAGAUGCUCCAUAUUGAACCAUUUAACCGACUAAUUGAAGAGAAGUGGCAGAGAUUUGCGAAACAGAUGUUCUUGUUCAACUUUAUUGUUUAUGUUAUCUACCUUUUCAUAUUCACUGCAGUAGCUUAUCACCGAGAAGCAGGGAAGGACAUUAACAACAACCAACCCCCAUUUCGUUAUAGAAAUAAUAGCCAAGACUACUUGCUUCUGACAGGACACGUCAUAAGUACCAUUGGAGCACUUUACUUCUUUAUUAGAGGGUUGAUAGAUUUGUUAAGAAAGCGUCCAGGAUUUCAGUCCCUGCUCAUAGAUGGAUACACUGAUCAGCUUUUUUUUCUGCAGGCUGUGCUCUUCCUGGUGUGUGCUCUUCUGUACUGCUUGGGUCAGGACCAAUAUGUGGCCUGGCUAGUUUUGUGUCUUGCCUUGAGCUGGGUAAAUCUACUGUACUUCUCUAGAGGGUCCAAAAAUAUGGGAAUCUACAGUGUCAUGAUACAAAAUAUGGUUCUUGGGGAAAUCCGUCGGUUCAUUGUUGUGUACAUGGUCUUCCUCAUUGGGUUCUCUACAGCCGUGGUAACUCUGCUUGAAGAGGAGUCUACCAACAAAGAUCAAAGAGCAAACAGUUCUGAAAAUCUAUGUAAUGAAGGACAAUCUAAUAAGACCGAAUUCAAGAGCAUCUACUUCACCACUCUGGAGUUGUUCAAGUUUACGAUUGGCAUGGGAGAUCUGGAGUUCACCGAUCAAUAUCAAUAUGCAGAGGUCUUCUAUGUGCUGCUGAUUCUGUAUAUAGUGAUGACGUACAUUUUGAUGCUGAACAUGCUGAUCGCUCUGAUGAAUCAAAGAGUGGAGGAGAUGUCCGUAGAGAGCACCAACAUCUGGAAACUACAGCGCGCAAUCACCACCUUGGACAUGGAGUGGAUGCUUCCCCAAUGUCUGAAGAUAAAGUGGCGUUCUGGGCAAGAGAAGGAUCUAGACGGGGGGCAGGAGCCUGAUCGACGCUGGUGCUUUAGUGUGGAGGAAGUCAACUGGAACCAAUGGAACAGAAACCUGGGUGUAAUUACCGAGGACCCUGGGAGAUGCCUGUCUGUACCUUCCCCAACUCAACUUCAGAAAGAGCCCAGCCAGCGUGGACUCAUGCAAACGUUCAGUAAACGUUGGACACAGACACAACAACACAGAGAUGUCCAGGAGCUGAGUCCUCUAGCUGAGGCAUCUACCUCCGUCUGAUGCUUUUAUAAUCCAUAAUCUAUUUUGCAGUU